GUCAAUAAGAAGCUCCUAGAGGCGUGGCCGCAGGCGUCCCACGAGGUGAAGAUGCUGCGGGCGGAACCUGCAGGAGCGAGCGGGAUUCGGGGGCGCUAAAGUCGCUGGGGCCGGGCGGGAAGGAAGAUCUGGAGCGGGGCGCAGGAUCCGGAGCUGGAGCCCCCAGAACUUUCCGUCCUCUGUGAAGAAGGGAGCAGGUCUGCAGGAGUGAGGCCGGCUCCAUGUAUCCGGAAUCCACCACAGGCUCCCCGGCUCGGCUCUCCCUGCGGCAAACGGGCUCCCCCGGGAUGAUCUACAGUACUCGGUAUGGGAGUCCCAAAAGACAGCUCCAGUUUUACAGGAACCUGGGCAAGUCCGGCCUGCGGGUCUCCUGUCUGGGCCUCGGAACAUGGGUGACCUUCGGAGGUCAGAUCACCGACGAGAUGGCGGAGCAACUAAUGACCUUGGCCUACGACAACGGCAUCAACCUCUUUGACACCGCGGAAGUCUACGCGGCCGGCAAGGCUGAAGUGGUCUUAGGAAACAUCAUUAAGAAGAAAGGAUGGAGGCGGUCCAGCCUUGUAAUCACCACCAAGAUCUUCUGGGGCGGAAAAGCAGAGACGGAGAGGGGCCUGUCCAGGAAGCACAUCAUAGAAGGUCUGAAGGCCUCUCUGGAGCGGCUGCAGCUGGAGUAUGUGGAUGUGGUGUUCGCCAACCGCCCAGACCCCAACACGCCCAUGGAAGGGGACCCAUUUAGUUCCUCCAAGUCAAGGACAUUCAUCAUAGAAGAGACUGUGCGUGCCAUGACCCACGUCAUCAACCAGGGGAUGGCUAUGUACUGGGGCACGUCGCGCUGGAGCUCCAUGGAGAUCAUGGAGGCCUACUCCGUGGCCCGGCAGUUCAACCUGAUCCCGCCCAUCUGCGAGCAGGCCGAGUACCACAUGUUCCAGCGAGAGAAGGUGGAGGUGCAGCUGCCAGAGCUGUUCCACAAGAUUGGAGUGGGUGCCAUGACCUGGUCCCCGCUGGCCUGCGGCAUCGUGUCCGGGAAGUACGACAGCGGCAUCCCGGCCUACUCCAGGGCCUCGCUGAAGGGCUACCAGUGGCUGAAGGACAAGAUCCUGAGCGAGGAGGGCCGACGCCAGCAGGCGAAGCUGAAGGAGCUGCAGGCCAUCUCCGAGCGCCUGGGCUGCUCCCUCCCGCAGCUGGCCAUCGCCUGGUGCCUGAGGAAUGAGGGUGUCAGCUCCGUGCUGCUGGGUGCUUCCAAUGCAGAGCAGCUCAUGGAGAACAUCGGAGCGAUACAGGUCCUUCCAAAACUGUCCUCUUCCAUCAUCCACGAGAUCGAUAGCAUUCUGGGCAAUAAACCCUACAGCAAAAAGGACUACAGAUCCUAAGUCACCCGGCCACCUACCAGGACAGUUUCCAGCCCCCUCCUCGUCCGUUCGCUGCUUACGCUGUUCCCACACCAAGUGCAGAGUGGGUUUGCACCCAAGAGAACCCGCCACGCCCAGGCACCAUCGGCUGUGACCUCCGAGUCACUAUCAGACACUGCCCGCUGCUUCGCCAGACGCUGUGGGGUCCGCGCCCAGGGACGGCAUCAAUCCCGUGCCAGCCUGUAGCCUCCGCUCCUCCUCUGGGAAGAAACCAAGUUUGUACCCAGCCUUCCAUGGAGAUUCCCAAAGCCAAGGCCAGGCCGAGACCUGGCCGGGUCCUCAGGGCAGGCAGGGCGGGCCUUUCCCUGCCAGAAGCCCACCUGGGAUCUCCCCAGUGCCCCUCUUCCCAUAGGCUCCGGGCAUAUCAUGCUCGGCUCAACCCCAAGCCCCUCCUGCCACCCCCCUCGACUCCAGUCCAGCCUUGCGCCCACUGGUCCUCAGCAGAGCCACAGCUGUCCAGCUGGCCCUGGCCCCCACACCUCCCCUUGCCGGCAGGGGCAGAGACCCCAGGGGGAUUGGCUCUGUGGCUGGGGACCCACAAAAAUUUGGGCAUCUGACUUCCAGCUAAUCAUCCUGUUGUGUUCAAUCCUGUACACAAUCAAGGGGUCUCCUGCCAGGAGGCCGAGGCACUCGGGAAGGGACCCUGGGGAGCAGGCCCCACUGUCCUGACCCAGAAGGCCUGAUGCUAAGCACUAUGGCCUGGACCACACAGCGGGCGGGUGGGCCCCAUGCACCAGGCUGUGCUCCUCUAGGCUGGCAGAAACCCUCCUCUGCCUCUGCCCCAAACCAAGGUGACGGGCUUGGCUUCUGCAAGAGGACCCGCUCAGCCCCUUCCCAGGGCAGGGUCCCUGGGGCUCCACACUGCAGGUGCAGAGGCUGGGGGCUGCUAUUGGAUACAGCCCCCACCGUGCAGAAAAAAACCAGGGACCCUCUCCCUGGAAAGACGGCUGGGGCUGGUCAUUCCCUCCCACACACCCACCACGGCCUCGGGCAGGCUGUACAGAGGAAGAGGGAGUAAAGCAGGCCAGGGCCCCAGAACCUAGCAGAAGGGGUUGGAGGGAGGGAGAUGGCUAGGGGACCCCCAGGUCUGGGGGCAUGGGCUGCCUGGACAGUUGUGGGGACCCAGCCUUUGCUGUGUGGGGCCAGGGCUAUACAGAACCCGCCCCCCGCCCUCCAGUCCCAGCUACACCUGUGGAGGACCCAAGACCCCGCCCAUCUGUGGGCUGGACAACAGCGGGCUCUGCCCCGGCCCAGGGCCUGCUGUCCAGAGUGGGUUGGGUGGAGGCCAGGACAGUGGUGGGAAGGAGGCCACAGAGACACAGGCAGAGGAACUGAGGAGCCAGGGUCCCUGGCUGCCUCUAUUCCCCAGGGCCUCUAGGUCAGCCUGGAGUCCAGAGCCCCCACCUGCCACGGCCGACAUCCUGUGGCUCCCGCCUACCAAGCCCUGCCACAGGCUUCCAUCAGCUGCGGGUGAAUGGAGGGGGUGGGGCCCUCCAGGCAGAGGCCACCAGGCUGCAGCUGCCUCUUUGUGAGGACUGGAGGUAGCUGUCGGGGGACAGGCCCUAUGGGAACCCCAUGGUACUCAGGACCAGGUCACCUGCCCACUGCAGGGAGGAGGGGCGUGGCAUGUGCAGUGCCUGGGUCCCAGGGGCCCCUGGAGGGAAAGCAGAAUCCCUGCUGGCUCUCUGCCCAAGAAAGGGAGACACCCUUGUCCCUCAGGGAGGCCUGGGCACCUGGCACCCAGCACCCAGGCACCCCUCAGCGAGGACAGGGCUGUGCGUCCUGCGGGUGGGAGCCCCCUGUGGGGGGCGCUUGGGGGUCUCUGGGAAAGGACAGGGAGUCAAGGGCCAGACAGGGCAGCUUGAGGACCCUGGUAUUGGCCAGGGGCUGCCGCCACCUCCCCAGGCCUAAGCUCCGGCUGCCUCUGUCCUCUCCAGGACAACUGAACGAGGAAGAGCCCAGGGGCCCGGUCGGUCUUCAUCGCUGACAGCAGGGGUCCCCCACGCACCCUCCUGAAACCCAGUGAGGGCCAAGGGCCCGAGAGCGGCAGGGGCACCCGCCCUCCCCCCGCCCCGCAGCCGUGUACAUAACUCGCUUUCUCUCCCAUUUUCUAACAACCGUGGUUCCUCUGCUAACUGCGUCCCCCCCAGGCAGAGACCACCACGCCUCCAGCUUCCGGGAGGGCCACGUAUUUAUGGAAUGACAAAUAAAAGCCAAGCCCGUUGGUCUCUA